AUGGCUCUCGCGCAGAUUGGUUCUCUUCGCCCCUGUUCGCGUCCAUAUGAGUCCGUGUUCAUAUCUGCUUCGAAUUCCAGAGAUUCUUCAUUUCGUCGUCCAACCUCGACCACUCCACUUGUUCCACGCUCCAGCAAUCGCCCGCACGCCGUUAACCCGUCGUCACGUGGCCUCGAAUUCCACUGCUUGCGAGUUACCGCUAUUUCUGCUGCCGCCAAAAGCGUCGAAACCUCAACGGACAAUUGCUUGGUUGACCAUUUCGCGACGGACGACCGACCCAUCGUGCUUUACGACGGCGUGUGCAACAUGUGCAAUGGCGGGGUCAAUUUCGCCCUUGAUGCAUAUCCACAGGGUCGUCUCCGGUUCGCAGCAUUGCAGAGUGAGGCUGGGCGUUCAUUGCUGGCUCGUUCCGGACGUUCACCAGAAGACAUCAGCAGUAUAGUGCUGGUCGAGAGGGAUGGGGCUUACAUAAAAUCAGACGCAGUGUUGAGGAUUGCUCGCCUUCUUGACCUCCCAUACCCACCAUUGGCCUUCCUCGCCUCACUUGCACCCAAGCCACUGCGGGAUGUGGUUGAACAAGAUAUAUCGAUCCCGCCCAGCUCUCCACCAGUGAAAGCCAGCAGCUGCACUGGUAUCAGCCCAGCUCAUCGGGCGUCUCUCGCUCACUGGCCCAGCGCUGCGAUCUGCCCUUAG